GGUGCCGCCUCGACCUGUGCUGGUGCAGUCGCAUGGUCUGGCACGGACCCUGCGCGAGUCUUGGACUGGGGAUCCUGAGGAUGGUGAUGGUGAUGAAGGCAACUGGGGUCCAGGUGAUAUUGAUGGUGAUGGUGGUGAUGGAUGACACAGAAGCACUGCCUGGAUGGACAGGUCUACUCAGUGCCUCUCAUCCAGCCAGACCUGAGGAGAGAAGAGGCAGUCCAUCAGAUAGCAGAUGCAUUAUUCUAUUUGGAGACUAUCUCCACAGAUAUUUUCAGAAGGGUGUCUGAGAGCGUAGAGAACAACCGCCGCCAGCUGCAGAGCGUCACUGACAGGAUCCGACUGGCUCAGGCUCGUGUUGACAAGAUCAAAGGCAGCAAGAAGGCCACCAAGGUGUUCUCCAGUGCCAAGUACCCCGCCCCAGAUCGACUUCAAGACUACACUUCUAUUUUCACUGGAGUGACAGACCCCUCCUCACAAAGCCAGCCCAGGCGCCGGAUACAAAGCAAGCUGCGACCCUUUGAUGAGCAGGCUAUGCAGGAUAAGUUAACGUAUUUCCCUGUGUGUGUGAGCAAUAAGAAGAAGUCUGAGAACGAGACCGAGGAGGGGCUGGGCAGCCUGCCGCGCAACAUCUCAUCUGUCAGCUCACUGUUGCUCUUUAAUACGACGGAGAACCUAUAUAAAAAGUACGUGUUCCUCGAUCCUCUGGCGGGCGCAGUGACAAAAACACACACGACGCUGGAGACGGAAAAAGAGGAGAAACCGUUUGACGCGCCGUUGUCCAUCACAAAGCGAGAGCAGCUGGAGCGACAGACAGCAGAGAGCUACUUCUAUGUGCCAGACCUGGGCGAGGUGCCCGAGAUAGAUGUUCCGUCCUACCUGCCCGACCUGCCAGGCAUAGCAGACGACUUGUCCUACAGUGCAGAUCUUGGACCGGGCUUCGCACCUUCUGGACCCACACACAAUAUCCCUGAGCUGCCCUCCUUCUCUGAAGAGAGCAGUGGAGCAGGAUCUCAGCUCCAACCUAAUGCUGCUCCCCCUCCACCACCACCACCACCACCUCCCCCUGAGCCUGUCCUUCCACCUGUGACUCCUGUAGGUGCUCCCCCUGCUCCACCGCCUCCACCACCUCCUCCUGUUGAAGUCUUUCAGGCAGCGGUUUCAGCAGCUCCGGUGUCUGGUGCUCCCAGCGAGGUGGUCCAGCCAUCGGACGGCCGUGCCAGUCUGCUGGAAUCCAUUCGUAAUGCCGGCGGCAUCGGCAAGGCCAAGUUACGCAACGUUAAAGAACGCAAAAUGGAGAAGAAAAAACAAAAGGAGCAGGAACAAGUGGUGGGAGCAGCGUCCAGUGGGGGAGACUUCAUGUCAGAUCUCUUCAAUAAACUUGCCAUGCGAAGGAAAGGUAUAUCUGGGAAAGGGCCAGUGGCCGGGGAGUCAAGUGAAGCUCCUCCUGUUAGCGGUGGUGCUUUUGCCAGGAUGUCCGAUGUCAUCCCACCACUUCCUGCCCCACAUUCAACAGCAGAUGACGAUGACUGGGAAGCUUAAUGUGAUGAAUGUGAUUGUUGUACAAAGGACUUUAGCAGUUUUGCUUCAAUUAAUACGAUGAUUAUGAAAGAAAAGUGCCAAUUGUAACAGAAUCGUAUCUUGUAAAAUGACCCCAGAAAGCUUCUUAAUGCUCAUAGGUGAACAGCACUAACAGUAUAAUUUAUUCAUACUCACUGCAAAACAUUUUCAACAGGUUGAACAGACAUAUGAUACAAAGAACAUAGAAACAGUUCACUAACAUCUU